AUGAUUGUAGCUCGCUGGACUUUCGGAACAAUCCUUGCUGCUACUGCGGCCUCCACCUCGACGGACGAGCUACUGUUCUUUGCUCGUCUGCUCAAGCGUCAGGACCCAGGAUCUCCAUCUUACAACUGUCACGAUAAUUGCGGCCAAGCGAUCAUCCAAGGAAGAAGCAGUAAGGAUGUAUGCCAUGAUGACAUCUUCCUAACCGACUACAAGGCCUGCUUGCAGUGCGCCGGACCCGACAACGAGGAUAUCUGGCAGUACUACGGAAAUACCCUAACGAAGAGCGCAAGUUCAUGCGGUCUAUCAACAUCACCUCUCUCCGGUGAACAGCCCGACGUGGGGCCGGCGGUUCCCGCCGGGUCUUCCGGUGCGACAAGUGCAUCGGAGUCUCCUUCACCUACUACAUCCGCGACCGAGACCUCUGAGACUGAGGAACCGACUCCUACCGAGACUCCUACUGAUACUCCUACUUAUACACCUACCGAGACUCCCACUGAGUCUCCUACUGAGACUCCUACCGAAGCUCCCACCGAGGCUCCUACGGAAGCACCAACUACUACCGAGUCCUCGACAGAAACACCCACUGAUAGUUCCAGCACUCAAGAAAUAACCCCAACCGAAUCGACAACCGCCUCUUCCUCUUCUUCCGAGCGCCACACCGUCACAGUCACCGAGUCCGAAUCAGCAACGAGCGCUUCCGAGGCAAAAGCAACCACAAACGCUGCCACGGGUAUCAGCAGCGGAAACGGAAAUGGAACAGCACCCACCUCAUCUGGAGUUGCCGUAGCUGGCAAUGCUGCCAACUCCUUCUACGACAGUGCUGUUGGCUUCUACGGCGCGCUGGCGCUUGGUGCUUUGUAUGCCGUUGCGCAGUAG